UUUGCAUGCUGGCUUAGGCUUGGUGGGCUCUGGCUCCGGACUGGUGUGGGGGAACCAACUGGAGAUGAAGCUGUCUGCUCCUGCGCUGGACAGUCUGAGGCAUCGCUGGGGAGGCUGAGGGCACCAGGAGGGGCUGUCAGACUCCGGGAGAGGCUGCCUCACUGUGUUUCCCAGACCAUGCGUUGCCUGGCUCCACGCCCCGCGGGGUCCUACCUGCCUGAGCCCCAAGGCAGUGGGCAGUGUGCCACCAUGGAGUUGGGGCCUCUGGAAGGCGGCUACCUGGAGCUUCUCAACAGCAGUGCUGACCCCUUGCAGCUAUACCACCUCUAUGACCAGACGGACCUGGCUAGAGAGGAGUUUGAGCUCUGCUCAGAACCCGACAUGGACACCAUCAACUGCGAGCAGUUCAGCAGACUGUUGUGUGACAUAGAAGGUGAUGAAGAGACCAGGGAGGCUUAUGCCAAUAUCGCGGAACUGGAUCAGUAUGUGUUCCAGGACUCACAACGGGACGGCCUGAGCAAAGACAUGUUCGUCGAGCAUAUAGGAUUGGAAGAAAUCAUCAGCGAGAGUGUGGAGGCGCUGGAGGAGAAGACAAGUCAGAAAAGACCCUUCCCAGAGGAACUGCCUGUGGACUCGAAGCACAGGAAGCUAGCUGAGCCCCUCGCUGUGCCCGUGGUGACCGGCACUUUCCUGGUGGGCUCAGUGAGCGGCUCCUCUCCUCGGUCCUGCCUGUCACCGCCUGCUGUGUUCAACAAGGAGCCAGCAUCCAGCCCGAACUGGCUGGGAGAAAACGUCCUGAUGUCUGUGCCCCCCUCCAGUCCCUUGCUGAGCUGCCUGAGUCUUCCUGCCGGACACAUCCAGAUCGUCCCCACCCUGCCCCAGGGGCUCUGGCAAAUCUCAGGGGCUGGGACAGGGGUGUCUGGUAUGGUCAUCUAUCAAGGUGAGAUGCCCCAGGGCAGCCAAGUGCUUCCUUCCGGCGGCCCAGCCUUACACAGCCUUCCCAAGUCCCCAGAACGGCCCGGCUCCACCAGCCCCUUUGCCCCAUCUGCGACGGACCUUCCCGGAAUGCCGGAACCAGCUCUGACCUCCCGCGCGAAUAUGACAGAGGAGCAGCUGUCCCCUACCCGAUCCCCGGCAGCUCACGAGGUCUCCAGCAAGCUCCCCAAAUGGCCUGAGCGGGUGGAGAAGUUCCGCAGCUCCCUUCGGGACCGGUACCAGGCUGAGCCCGCAGGCCCGGAAGACAUCCUGGUGGAGGUGGAGCUGGUGAGGGCGCGGCUGGAGAGGAGCAUCAGCAAGAGCCAGGAGAGGGAGCUGGCCACCCCGGACUGGGCGGAGCGGCAGCCGGCCCGCGGGGGCCUGGCCGAGGUGCUGCUGGCGGCCGGGGACCGCCCGCGGCAGCGGGAGACGCGGGUGGUCGCUGUGCUGGGCAAAGCAGGACAGGGGAAGAGUCGCUGGGCCCGGGAAGUGAGCCGCGCCUGGGCCCGCGGCCAGCUGCCCCAGUACGACUUCGUCUUCGCCUUCCCCUGCCACUGCCUGGACCGUGCGGGGGACGCGUACCGCCUGCGGGACCUGCUCUUCUCCCUGGGCCCGGAGCCGCUGCCGGCGGACGAGGAGGUCUUCAGCUACAUCUUGAGGAGGCCCGACCGGGUUCUGCUCAUCCUCGACGGCUUCGAGGGCCUCGAAGGCCAAGACGGCCUCCUGCACGCUGCGUGUGCGCCCACGUCCAGCGAGCCCCACUCGGUCCGCGGGCUGCUGGCGGGGCUCUUCCAGCGGAAGCUGCUGCGGGGCUGCACCCUGCUGCUCACGGCCCGGCCCCGGGGCCGCCUGGCCCAGAGCCUGAGCAAGGCCGACGCUCUGUUCGAGGUGACUGGCUUCUCGGCCGAGCAGGCGGAGACCUACCUGACGCGCCACUUAGAGCACGCAGGGGCCCCUGGGCACCGGGAGAAAGCCCUGGAACGCCUCCGGCGGCAGCCCUUCCUCCUCAGCCACAGCCACAGCCCCACGUUGUGCCGGGCCGUGUCCCAGCUGUCCGAGGCCCUGCUGGCGCGGGGCGGCGAGGCGGAGCUGCCCUCCACGCUCACGGGCCUAUACGUGGGCCUGCUGGGCCCUGCUGCCCGCGAGGGGCCCCCGGGGGCGCUGGCGGCGCUGGCCAGGCUGGCCUGGGAGCGGGGCCGCAGACACCGGGGCACCCUGCCCGACAGCCAGCUCCCGGCGGCGGACGUGAGGGCCUGGGCGGUGGCCAAGGGCCUGGUGCGGCCCAGCCCGGGGGCCGGGGACACGGAGCUGGCCUUCUCCAGCUUCCUGCUGCAGUGCUUCCUGGGGGCCGUGUGGCUGUCCCUGAGCAGCGACAUCAAGGACAAGGAGCUGCCGCAGUACUUGGCUUUGACCCCGAGGAAGAAGAGGCCCUAUGACAACUGGCUGGAGGGCGUGCCGCGCUUCCUGGCCGGGCUGUUGUUCCAGCCGCACGGCCGCUGCCUCGGGGCCCUGGUGGGGCCGGCGGCCGCCACCCUGGCGGCCAGGAAGCAGAAGGUGCUCAGCAGGUACCUGCGGCGGCUGCAGCCAGGGACGCUGCCGGCCGGGCGGCUGCUGGAGCUGCUCCACUGUGCCCGUGAGACUUUGGACACCGGGCUCUGGCAGCACGUGGUGCAGGGGCUCCCCGCCCACCUCUCCUUCCUGGGCACCCGGCUCACGCCCCCCAACGCCUAUGUGCUGGGCAGCGCCUUGGAGGCGGCCGGCCGAGACUUCUCCCUGGACCUCUGCAGCACUGGCAUUGACCCCUCUGGACUGGGGAGCCUCGUGGGACUCAGCUGCGUCACCCGUUUCAGGGCUGCGCUGAGUGACAUGGUGGGGUUGUGGGAGUCUCUGCAGCAGCGUGGGGAGGCCAAGCUGCUCCGGGCGGUGGAGCAGAAGUUCACCAUCGAGCCCUUCAAGGCCAAGUCCCUGAAGGAUGUGGAAGAUCUGGGCAACCUCGUACAGAUACAGAGGACAAGAAGUUCUUCAGAAGAUACGGCAGGAGAACUCCCUGCGGUCCGGGAUCUAAAGAAGCUGGAGUUCGCGCUGGGCCCCAUCUCAGGCCCCCAGGCUUUUCCCAAACUGGUGAGGAUCCUCGAGGCCUUCUCCUCCCUUCAGCAUCUGGACCUGGACUCGCUGAGCGAGAACAAGAUCGGGGAUGAGGGUGUCGAACUGCUGUCGGCCACCUUCCCGCAGCUGAAGGCCCUGGAGACCCUCAACUUGUCCCAGAAUAACAUCACCGACGCUGGCGCCUGCAAGCUGGCCGAGGCCCUGCCCUCGCUGGCCGCGUCCCUCCUCAGGCUGAGCCUGUAUAAUAACUGCAUCUGUGACACGGGAGCCGAGAGCCUGGCGCACGCGCUUCCAGACAUGGUGUCUCUACGGGUUUUGGAUGUCCAGUAUAACAAGUUCACAGCCGCAGGAGCCCAGCAGCUGGCCGCCAGCCUGAGAAAGUGCCCUCACAUGGAGACGCUGGAGAUGUGGACGCCCACCAUCCCGUUCGGCGUCCAUGAACACCUGCAGCAGCUGGACCCGCGGAUCAGCCUCAAGUGAUCCCCGCGAUGCCCGGGACAAAGUGACUGAGCACGUUCUCUGAGGACGCUGACCACGCGGGACCUUGAACUGGUGGUCUGUGGACACAGUUCUUCUCGGGCCACCGCCUGUGAGCCUCAGCAUCGUGGCGCCCAGCCCUGCCGGCUCAGGGCCGGCCCCCACCCAGCUGUGGGAAGGCCCGUGGCCUGCUCUGCGGACGGACCCAGGCCCGGCUCCAGGCUACCGAGGGGCCCAGGUUGAUGCCUGCCCUGACAGAUGGGGACGGGACUGGUGGUGGCCGCCGUCCACCCAGGAGCCCUGAGGCGUUCCCUGCGGGACGCUCCCGGCAGCCCUGGCCAGGCCAGAGGAGGCGGCCACGUCUGCCUCCCCAGGUGCCCGUCAGCCUAGGGAGAAGUCACUUCUCUGCGCUGCUCUCCUACCCUGGCGGGUCCCAGCGGCCAGCCCCGCCUGCCGAAUGCCCUGUGACAGGCCGGGGUUCUGUGCAGCUGCUUUCUGUCUGCCGGACUCACUGUUUUGCACUAACUUUGUCGAGGCCAAAGCUCGGCCUGGCCAGACACAAUGGACUUGAGCUGGAAAGAGCUGACCGUGCACUAAUGGUGGGGGGAGGGGGCUGGGCUGGAACCACACCUCCUGCCUCUUGGCCUUCAUUAUUUGGGUCAUUUUUUUCACUACAGUAUAAAGGGCUUGUUUCAUCUCA